AUGGCAUCAGAAGAAUGCGCUGCAAGUUUCCCUGGACUUGACAAGUUUAUCGACCACAUUAAAUUAGGCCGCUCUACCGGGUCGUAUGCGUUGGCCAAAAAGACGGUCGUUUUCUUGCAAGAUUUUCUACUCACAGCAAAUUAUGACAAUAUCCGAAAGAUCAUUGAAGAUAUUACCUGCAUGGGAAAAAUUCUCGUCAAAGUGGAUCCAACUGAAACUGUAGUUGGAAACAUGACAAAACGAGUAUUAAAGAUUAUUCGCGAGGAAUACAACCACUGCAAGGGCACUAGUGAUUUAGAAGAGACGUUGCAAACUAUAGUUAGCACUGCGUCGAGUAAUCUAAGCGAGUUUGAUGAUCAAGUUCAGGCUGACGACAUCAAAGAAUCCAUUUGCCUUGCCAUCAGUGAGCUGCUCAGUGAACUUGAAACGAGUGGUGGUAACAUAGCAGCCCAAGCUCUGGAACACAUUUAUUCAGAUGAAGUCAUCAUGACUAUUGGCCGCUCAAAAACCGUCGAAGCCUUUAUCAAGUAUGCCGCUAAGAAGGAUCGAAAGUUUCAAGUCAUUAUCGCUGAGUGUGCACCUUUCUACAACGGUCACGAGUUGGCUUUGUCUUUAUCAAAGGAAAAUAUCAGCACCAUUUUGAUUCCCGACUCGGCAAUUUUUUCAAUUAUGAGUAGAGUCAAUAAGGUGAUCAUUGGCACUCAUUCAAUUAUGGCAAAUGGAGGAAUUAAAGCAAUCAGCGGUGCAUAC